AUGGUCCUUCAUCUUUUGUAUCAACUAAUAAUAUUAUAUUAUUAUAUAUCUCAAACAAUAGGUAUACGUGUAACUGGUGAAUGGAUACCUACAAAAGAACCACUUAAAUUUAUCGCAAAAUUUGGUUUUCAACAACUUGAUCCACUAGAUAUACCUAAUUCUAUGGGUUUUGUUUAUGGAAAUAUAACAACAAAAGAUAUAUUACAAAAGACAAAUAAUAGUGAAUAUUUACUUGCUAUUAUACCAGAAACAAAAAUUAAACCAUUUAUAAAUACAAUAGAAUAUAAAAUAGAUAAUAAUUUUUGUCAAAAUAUUUUAAAAGAUAUUAGCAUGAUUGCAUUUCAUUCCAGGUGUUUUAAUAACGGUAGUCGUGGAGAUAUCUUUAGAUGGGUACCCUGUUCAAAAGAUAAAUUAUGUAUUGAUGAGGAUGAUCCUAAAAAAGUAUUACCUAACUAUCAAAUGACAUUUAGAAUACAAGAACCUGUAACACCUGAAUAUUGGUAUAUUUUAGGUAUAUCAUGUCAUCUUGAUGAAAAUUGUCAAUGGAUUGAGUCAAUUAAUAAACAAUCAAUUAUCCUUGAAUAUGAUAUUUGGUUAACAAAUGGUAAUCCAACCUUGAGAUGGAGUAAUUUAUUUAGAUUACAAUUAUCAUUUGAAAAACAAAGACUUGAAGAUAUAUAUGUUAUAUCAUUAUUUAUCUAUAUUAUAUUAUUUGUAAUUCAACGGCAAUCAUCAAAAAAUAAAGAUAGACUUAUUAAAACAAGUAUUUAUUAUAAAAUUUUAUAUUAUAGUAUCAUAUGUCAUUUAAUAAGUUUUUUUUUAUCAACACUUAACAUAUCAUCUAUUGCUUGGAGUGGAAAUAGUAUAGAAAUUGCAAAUUUUUUAAGUAAACUUUUUCAAAUAAUUGCUAUAUCGUAUAUAUCAUUAUUUAUGUUAAAAUUUGCUCAAGAAUGGAGAGUACAUGUAAAUAAACCAAAAGGGUUAUCUCAUUUAACAAGAAAAAUAUGGUUAAUAUUAACAGGAAUAAAUAUAUUACUUUAUUUUAUAAAAUAUUUUUUAUUUACAUCAAUUAUUCAUAAACCAGGAGAAUUUGAAACAUAUGCUGAUUGUGGGUUAAUGUUAAUACGUUGUAUUUAUACGGUUUGGUUUUUAUAUGAAAUAAGACAUUAUAUUGAUAGUGUUGAUGAUUUAAAACAUGCUUCUUUUUUGGCACAUUUUGGUGCAGCAGCAUUAGUAUGGUUUGUCUAUUAUCCUGUUUUUGGAGUAUUUUCUUCAUUAAUUUCUGAAUUUUGGCGAUCUAAAAUUGUUGAAGGCAUCACGACAUUUGCUGAUACUGUUUGUGUUGGAUGUUUAGUUAAUUUUCUUUAUCAAAGUGAUUCAUCAGAAAGGAUACUUCAAACAUUAUUACCUAUUGAUAUAAUGUUAGUUCAAAGAAAUAAUUUAUUAGAUCCAGAGGAUAAGAUGCUUUUAGAUGACUAUGAUGAAAAUGAUAAUGAUGAAGUUGUAAUAGUAUAG